UCACCACCCAUCAGCUCCGCCAGAAGAAGCUGCUCUCUAACCAAGCCUCGGGAGCCAAGCAAGUCAGAUCUGCCAGUGAAUCUCCGGCCUUGAAAGUUGACGAGAGUGUCUGAAAACCCCAUCCAGCUCUCCAAUGGCCAGUAACAACACCGCUAGCAUAGCACAAGCCAGGAAACUGGUGGAGCAGCUGAAGAUGGAAGCCAACAUCGACAGGAUAAAGGUGUCCAAGGCGGCUGCGGACUUGAUGGCUUACUGUGAGGCACACGCCAAGGAAGACCCACUGCUGACCCCAGUCCCGGCCUCAGAAAACCCCUUUCGGGAGAAGAAGUUCUUCUGCGCUAUCCUUUAGGUCUCUGAGAGGAAGAUGAAGACCGCCGGGGCUCCUGGGACACUGGUGUAGUUUCUAGCAAAGUGGGCGCCUUUCUGGUCUGCAGCAUUUAAAGAGAGGAAGGAGAACCACCCUGGACACUCCAGGCUGUGCAUGUCUAAAGAAUUGUCCCCUGUGAGAAUGGAAGCCAAUUCCACAUCCCAGCUUUAGAGAUCUGACCCUGCAGACCUGUCUGGAGGAGGGCAAUGUAUAAAAAACAAACCGGUGUCACUUCUUUUCUGCUAUCCCUUUAAGAUCUUACAGUUCUGCUUCCUAUUUAAAAACAAAAUAAACAUUAAAGCCAGUGUCUUGAGCUGAGAUAUGACUGCCCUUCUGGGAAUGAGAAUUGUCUUUAAAUGCCCUCUGAUAAACUGUUGUCUCAUGUAGCCACAGUUCUAUUUAAUGGCAUCCAUGUUUAGUCCUUCGUGCCUUGUUCUUUUCCUUCCCUUUCUCUUUCUCCACCCCUCCCUAGUAGAAUACUGUGGAGAUAAGGCUGGGUUUACGUGUUAAACUGAACUCUAAGGAUAAGUGACUAGCUGUGAUGUUUAGAAAGAUGUUCCCCAUGGUCUGUCUCCACGAGAAUAAUAAUAAUAAA